AUGGCCACGGCAGGAGAUGGAAACACCUCAGGAGAUGGAAACUCACCUGACGGGCUGCCCGCAGAGACGCCGCCGGCCCGCGGCCCCGUCGCGGCUACCUGCCGCCCGCAGCCGGCCAGCGCCGGGAUAUUCGCCGCCGCCGCCGCGGCGUCCCGCCCCGACGUGGCUCCGCCGUGGUGUGGCGGCCCCCGCUGCUGCUGCUGCUGCCACCGCUGCCCCGCGCCCGCCGCCCGCCCCGCCGACGCCGAGAGCGGCGCGGCCCCCGCCGCCCGUCCAGCGCCCGCCGCGGCCGGCCCGGGGGCUGGGGCCGGGGCCGCUCCGCCGCCGCCGCCGGCGGCCCCAGCGGCGGCGGCGGCCGCCGCGGCUCCUCCUCCGCCUCCGCCUCCUCCACGGCCGCCGCCGCGGGGCCCUAAAGCCGCCCGGCUCAAGAGGAUGGUGCGGCUGGCGGCCGAGCUGCUGCUGCUGCUGGGGCUCCUCCUGCUCACCUUACACAUCACCGUGCUGCGCGGCGGCGGCGAGCCCCACGGCCCCCCGGGCGCCGGCAACCACAGCCAGCGGCAGAACAUGCUCCCUGCAGAUGACCAUUCUCCUGAAGACAGCUUCACCCUGAACCCUGAGGACAGAAGAGAAUACCCUGACCUGCAGGCUGCCCACCGGCCAUUCCCCAAGCAGCGCUUCCGGCAGGAAAACGAGCACACGUCCCUGCAGAGAGACGGCCCCAGAUCUUUCCUCCUGGAUCUCCCAAACUUCCCUGACCUGUCAAAAGCAGACAUCAACGGGCAGAAUCCCAACAUUCAGGUUACCAUUGAAGUGGUGGAUGGCCCUGACACCGAGACAGAUAAGGACCUGCAGAAAGAGAGCAGCAAGCCCAGCUGGCCCGUCCCAUCGCCCGACUGGCGAAACUGGUGGCAGAGGUCAUCCACCUUGACUCGCAUGAGCAGCGGGGACCAGGACUACAAGUACGACAGCACCACGGAGGACAGCAACUUCCUGAGCCCUCUGGGUGGGUGGGACAGCCACGCACCCAGUCACCGGGCGUUCGGGUCCAAGGAGCAGCCCGAGUAUGAUUACAUUGACGGUGAGGGAGACUGGAGCCCCUGGUCCGUUUGCAGCGUGACGUGCGGGAGCGGCAGCCAGAAGCGGACACGCUCCUGCGGCUACGCCUGCACGGCCACCGAGUCCCGCAGCUGCGACAGGCCCAACUGCCCAGGGAUCGAAGAUACCUUCCGGACAGCCGCCACAGAAGUGAGCCUACUUGCAGGAAGCGAAGACUUCAACGCUACCAAGCUGUUUGAAGUUGACACCGAUAGCUGCGAGAGAUGGAUGAGCUGCAAAAGCGAGUUCUUGAAGAAAUACAUGCACAAAGUGGUCAAUGAUCUUCCCAGCUGCCCGUGCUCCUACCCCAGAGAAGUGGCAUACAGCACUGCUGAGAUCUACGAUCGGAUUAAGAGGAAGAACUUUCGCUGGAAAGAUGCAAGUGGUCCAAAGGAAAAGCUGGAGAUCUACAAGCCCACGGCGCGGUACUGCAUCCGCUCCAUGCUGUCCUUGGAGAGCACAACGCUGGCGGCACAGCACUGCUGCUACGACGACAACAUGCAGCUGAUCACCAGAGGCAAAGGGGCCGGCACGCCCAACCUCAUCAGCAUCGAAUUCUCAGCAGAACUCCAUUACAAAGUGGACAUUCUGCCCUGGAUUAUCUGCAAAGGUGACUGGAGCCGCUACAACGAAGCGAGGCCUCCCAACAACGGGCAGAAGUGUACAGAAAACCCUUCAGAUGAAGACUACUACAAGCAAUUUCAAGAAGCAAGGGAAUACUGAGAAGAUUUUUCCCCCUUUUCAGACACAAAAUAGCAUUGGUUCCCUGGCUGCCAAAGAACUGAGAACGGCUGCUGCAUUGUCUCCUUGACAGGGGUGGAUCAGUUUCCUUCUAAUGAAUGUAUAUAGUUGUAAUAUAAUACAUAAGUAUUUUUCAUAGUGUGUGUAAUUUAUAAACACGUAUCUCUCUAAUCUCACACACACCUAUUUUUACAUACAGACAUACAUAAAACUUGUCCUGGUAGGAUUUUGUACUGCAAUAACGUUCAUUUAAUAACAUGCAUUUCAUUUUAUUCCCCAGCUGUUACAGAAGGGGAGGGGGGCACAGCUGCCAUCACCAUCGGGCCCCAAGGCCUCAGCUGAGGAGGGCACAUGUUUAAAAGUUGCUAUAAACAAUAGGAUUGAAGAAUGUACUCUUCCAUAUGGGAAUGGUUUACAAGAUGAAUGCACCUACAGCAUCAGUUUCCUCUAUAAUUGAUUUCAUGACUAGUCCUAUCUAAGAAAAGAAGCAAUUUCUUUAGGAAAGGCAACACUCAAAAGCAAAUCUAGUUACUGGCAUUUUUUUCUUGGACUUCUUCCUGUUACCUUCUAGCUCAGGUCUUUGCAGUCCAUCCUGGGUAGGCUUGCAGGGAGAUGUAGCUGUGGCUUUCCUGUAGAGCAGAAAAAGUCCCAGUGUGAUGGUUCUGCGGGAGUUACAAACAGCCCAUUCCUGGAGACAUCUCAGCUGUGGCUGUCAGGGCUCAAACCUCCUGCUGGGGAGCGCAUCUUCAGGGCAUGCUGAGUGUCUUUGGAGGAGUGAGGCCACAGAAGGAGACCAUGUCAAAGGAAAGGGAAAAAAAAAACCCAGUUAAUUACAGAUUUUUAAUAGGAAGUGUUUAGAUCAGCUUGUUUCAUUCUUUUAAGAAAAGAAAGAAUUCUGUUUUUCAAAGAACAGGACCAGGACCAGUGGAAUACACAUUUCUAAGCUCCCUGAGGUAAAGCAACCAGCCCUUUACCCUGCUUAUCAGAUGCUGAGUGCACAGUGUCCUGCAGAAGAAGCUGUUCCUUAAGGAAGCUGCCCAAGAGGAACUAUUGGUGAGUUAAAAUGUCUUCAUUUUUUAAAAGAGCUAGCAUUAUUUUUGUAAAGUAUUUAUUGACUUGUAACAAGAACUCACAUGUGGGAUAUGUCUCUAACGUGAAAGGCUUCUGUAGAUGGAACUUGAUUGCCAAGAGUAAGACUGAUGUUAGGCUUUACUUCCAAAUUCUUAUAAAGUGCGAGUUGACAUAAAUAAUCCUGUAAUGAAGCAGCCGGUACCUGCAUUCGUGUGACAGGGUAAAUAAAUACUUACAGUUCCAUCCUGGAACAGGCUGUCUU